AUGGCGCCCACUACAACCAGAGAUGCGGUUGAAGCACCCAAGAUUGAAAUUGCCUUGACAAUCAUCUUGGGUAAGGACUACUUUGAACAUGUCGAAGAAUCUGGAAAAGGGAACGACAGUGAACUCAAAGAGUUCUUGAUGGAAACCAGGCUAAAGGCAUUUGAUUGGAUUGUCAAUCAGGACCCCAUGCACUUGGACUAUAAUGCUCCUAAUUUGGUUCAGCGGUUUCUUCUGGUGCUCUUUUACUAUCAGACCACAAGGCACAAGCCAUGGAGAGAGUGCAAUCCACCGGCAGGUCCCCAAAUGAGUGCAAAUUCUGGUUUCUGCUACGAGCCAUUCUUUUUCACUGGCGAAGCAACAUCAACCAUCUGGGGUGAUCAGUGGCUCUCUGCCAGUCAUGAAUGCCAGUGGGCUGGAAUUACAUGUCAAAAAAUGCAACCUGCUAAAAUGCAAGUGACCGAGCUAAGACUGUCAUGGAAUCAGCUCAAUGGUCCUCUUCCUUGGGAAAUUGCACAUUUGUCAAGGCUGACAAAUCUGCAGUUAGGAGACAACAUGCUGACUGGAGCUUUGCCAGGGAGUUUGCUGUCAGAUUCAUUAGAGUUGUUGGAAAGUCUUUCAUUGAGUCACAAUCAAAUCUCAGGGCCCAUCCCUUUGGCAUGGAUUGAAAGUAUCCACGAGGGAAUUACAAAACUUACCAGUCUCUGGAUCGCCUCAAACAGACUGACUGGGACAAUUCCAUCCGAAAUAGGGUUGCUGCCUUUGAAAGAGCUUCGGCUUCAUGACAAUGCACUGACAGGAGACAUUCCAAAAGAAGUAUUCAAACAAUCUUCAUUAUGGAGGCUCAAUUUGGGUACAAAUGAUCUUGCUGGAACGCUGCCAAGCGAAGUUGGUCUGCUCACUAAUUUGGAAUACCUAGAAGUCAAUUCCACAAGGAUUUCAGGUCCUAUACCCUCAGAGAUUGGCCUAGCUACAUUGCUCAAUGAGAUUACUUUAUCAAACACAAAUUUGCAAGGGACAAUCCCCGAAGAAAUCUACAGUCAACUUGAGAAUCUCAAGUUUUUGGCGUUGAACAAUUGCAACUUCUCUGGCACAAUCAGUUCAUCAGUUGUUCUUUUGACAUAUCUUGAGUGGCUACACCUAGCCAACAACAGGUUCCAUGGCACGAUCCCAAAUGAGAUUGAGGCACUGACAGGGCUAAGGCAGCUACUCGUGAAUAGGAAUGAGCUGACUGGGACUGUUCCGGUAUCUGUGUGCCAAAAUCUUGCAUAUACUGACAAUUGGAGAUAUCUUGAUAAGUUGGCGGCCGACUGUUUGCCUAACCCGGAAACAGGAGUCCCUGUCAUCCAGUGUCCUUCUGACUGCUGCACGAGUUGUUGCGAUGAGACAGGACUUUGCCUUGCCAAUUGA